AUGUUGCUUAUAAUGGCGACUAAAACUGAAGUUGAGAAUGAAACAAUUGAAAAACCGCUUGAAAAUCAAGAUUUGAAUGCAGUUUGUACAAAUUUACAGUUUUGUGAUGAUAAAAUUAAACUAUACCCAACAAGAAAACGAUGUGUCAGCACAUCAAUUCUUAUAAGCUCAUCACCGAAGAAGAAAAAAAAAGAAGAUCAAAAUAUAAUACCACCUAAAAAGUUUUUGCUUGGUGGUAGCAUGACUGAUCCCCUCAAUUUAAAUAGUCUCCAGAAUGAAGAUAUUAAUAAGGCAAUGAAUAAAACUCCAAAAUCUUCUCCCCUACACUCAAAUACCGUGAACAUAAAAAAAGAUCAAGUGAAUGUUAUAAUUCCUCGAAAUUUAUCUGAUCCAUUGGAACUUAGCAAGUGCGAUGGAGCUAAAGCAAUUGCAUGUACUGGCAUAGAUUCAUUAAAACCAAAAACUCCGCAAAAAUGUAAAUCUAAAAUACCGCUGUUAAAAUCUUUAUCUGAUACUGGGAUAAUUACUGAGAACACCCCAGAAAAGGAUUUUAAACCAGAAUGUAAUAAAGAAAAGAAAAGAGAGGUAGAAGAAGACAUUAUUUCUUCGCCACCUAAUAAAAAGCUCAAAACUGAAUUGCUUGAAAAUUGUAUGUCCAAGUCUGAGAAUAAUGAAGUAUCAUGUGAAAUAAUUGAAGUUAUAGAAACUAUCAUAGAUGUAUUAGUGCAAGAAGUUCUAGUGUCAUUAGAUGAAUGUAAUAUUCCAAUUUCAAAAGCUCCUGUUGAACUGGUUGUUGAAAAGAUACUCGAGCCAUGCAAAACACUGUCACCAUCUCCUGAAAAAAAAGUUGACGACGGUAAGGAAACACAAGAGCAGCGCGAAAAAAUAAAGCCCAAAAGAUGUGUAGUAAGUCCGGUUGUUAUGCAGCCCUCAUUGUCGGAGAAACACAGCGUACAUCAGCAGGUCGUUGUUACGACAGCUAAACCAAAACAAAAGGUUAAUAAAAAGUUCAAAGAAAAAAAUGCAUUGUUUAAAUAUGGAAAUUAUACGAGAUAUUACGGUUAUCGUAAUCCAGAUGAUGAAGACAAUAGACUGAAAGUCUUAGCUGAACGCACGGACUUAUUUUAUGGCAAGGACGUGUUGGACGUUGGUUGUAAUAUCGGUCAUGUUACUUUCAGCGUUGCCAGAGAUUUUGGUGCAAAGUCAGUUGUAGGAAUGGAUAUUGAUCGUAAACUAAUAAAUAUAGCACGCAAAAAUGUACAGUAUUACAUAAACGAUACAGCGCAGUCUUCCUCAUACCUUUCAUCAAAUUACCAUUUUAAAGAUUUUGCUUCAAUAAAUCAUAAUGAUUCAAACAGUGAUAUAAUCGAAUCAUUUCCUAUAUCAUUACCUAUGCUGUAUGGUCCAAUUAAUUUAGCUGGCUUGACACUAUCUGGACGAUUUCCCUACAAUGUCUCUUUUGUGCAGGGAAAUUAUGUAUUAGAAUCUGAUCUUUUACUUUCAUUGGAAACAUGUAAGUUCGACGUUAUUCUCUGUUUAAGCAUUACCAAAUGGCUUCACUUGAACUGGGGUGAUGAUGGUUUAAAACGAGCAUUUAAACGUAUGUUUGCACAGUUGCGACCCGGUGGAAUACUUGUAGUGGAGCCUCAGCCAUGGAAAUCUUAUGGUCGCAGAAAAACAUUGACGGAAACUAUUUGGCAAAAUUACAAAAACAUUCAGUUGAAACCUCCAAUGUUUACUGAUUAUCUGUUGAACGAAGUUGGUUUUGCCAACUGUGAAACUCUUACUAUGCCUCAUAACCCAUCCAAAGGGUUUCAGCGCCCGCUCAAGUUGUAUAGGAAACCUAACAUAUUAGUAAAUAAAAACAAACCAAAGUGUACGAUAGUUCAACCAAAUGAAACCCAAAAAUUAUAA